ACAUCUUCCCGGUUGUUGGGUUGUUCCCGGUGUUAUAGGUAUAUACAAAAUUGCGUCUGCUGUUUGAAAUCCUAAAUAAAAUGGCAAGCACGGUUGUGGCAGCAGGUAUCGGUCUGGCAGCCGUUGGGUUCGCGGGUCGUUAUUUACUUAGGAGAAUGCCGAAUUUAUCACAGAGGAUGGCAGAGACUGUGAAGAGGCUAGAUUCCCAGUCACUAGCGAACAGCAAGUAUUACAAGGGUGGUUUUGAGCCAAAGAUGACCAGGCGGGAAGCCAGUUUGAUCCUGGGUGUGUCGCCCACGGCUAGUAAGGGCAAAGUAAAGGAGCAAUUUAAAAAAGUAAUGGGCGUGAAUCAUCCAGAUCGUGGCGGUUCCCCGUACAUUGCUGCAAAAAUUAACGAGGCAAAGGAUUUGCUUGAGAAAUAAUGGAAACGUAGUGUGCUUGUAUAUUUGUAAUUUAUUUAGGAACAAAAUUUUAAUGUACAUAGUUAUAAUUUAAUCUUAUAUAUCUACUC